AUGGAAGCUAAGUGUUCACAGCUGCCCACAUAUUCUGAGGUCAAUCCGCUUAUGGAAAUCGAUGGAAACAUGGCUGGACGUUUCGUAAACCUUGGUAUUGGGCCACCGAAACGAGAGUUGCUCAGUGGUCCACCAGGAACAGGUAUAACAUGUACUCGUGCAGUUGCAAACGGGAAACGAAAUUCGUUCCGUAUCCACAAAGUUGCAAUGUUUGCGAAUCGCGCUCGUCGCAACGUCGCUACAGAGAAGAACUUUUGGAAGCAACUGGUAAGAUCGAAGGUGUUCUUAAUUACGACUAUUCAGGCUAAGAUUCAGUCAGCUCAACCAUGUAGUGGUCUCGGAAAUGUUUUCGAAGAAGAUGGUGAACCAGCUGAAGCUCUUGAAAAUUACAAAUAUGCCAUCAGUUUGAAGAAUAAAAUAAAUUUAGAAUACCCGUUAUUGGGCCUAACGUUAUUGAUGGCUACAUUAAGCUGGCUGCAUCUUGAUCAGACUGUUGCUGCUUACCGCAAUGCCAUUAUUUACAAUCCGUUACUUAUGGAACGUUCGGGAUUUUUCUUUUAA